AUGUCUUCAGCGCAAAGAUGGCAAGCCACCCUUUCAUGGGAACCGGUUACCUUCACACAAGCUUUUGCGAUAUUUAUAUCUCCUUGUAGUGGUGGUCGUGUUUUGGGUCGCAAUUACGCCAGUCGUUUAAAAUCCACGUCUAGUACUUCUCCCCUCUCCUCCUCCUCGGUCGCAUCAUCAGCAUCAAUAGCAGCUCGCAAUCGACGUCUUUCAGCAGUCGAAAACCAGCAAUUUCAUAACCUUCUACAUCCGCAGCCACCAGCACCAGCACCAGCAUCGCUUGGUGUAGGCACGGCUUCGACCACUGCGCCAUUCAACGAGUGCGUUCCUUCAGCUCGCAGCUCGGCUUCCACACCGGUGAUGAUGAUGCCUCUUGUCAAUCCCUCAGCUAAUAAUUCCAUCAAUGUGACCACAGGAACAAAUAACAUUGCCACAUCACCUUCAGCUGUGAUGUGCGAAGAGGAGAUCGAUGUGGAAAAUCAUUCCAUUCAGAUGGACACCAGCGAACUCUAUGCUGCAGGCGGCUCAGCGUCGCCAAAUCUAACCGGUGGUGUGGCAACCCUCCUGCCUCCGAAAAAUAUGGCGGCCUAG